AAACCGCGGCUCACCCCACCGCGGUCAGCACGACUAUUGCCCAUGCUGAUCUUCAGGCAUCCUUCAAUGUCUGGGGCGCAACAUGCCGAGGUGAUCAACUGCCUGGAUCUAUCAACUGGCUCGCGGUUCGGGCCAGAGUAGUGCUAGGCUUCAGCGGAAUCGACCCCGCAAAUAUCAUCAGCGUGCCCGAGGAUCUGCGGUGCUACGACCGAUGAGGCUCAGCUGAAAAUCCCCCUGCCCAAGCCUCACACCUCGGGGUUUAGCGCUUACCUGACGUGCAUCACAGUCAUGACCAAUCUGUUUUGUGACGUCGGGCAAGUGACACAAAACCAACCUGCCUCCUUUCCUUUCCUCCACCUCUGAGAUCUGUUACCUCGCCUCGUGUCCUCCACUGCUACCUCUGCACGGAAUUCCGCCAGAUCGUUGUUGCCGUGGCGGAAACAGAGGACGUGUUCACCCCGCUUCCGAGCUCGCGGGCAAUGCCGAAUUCGUCACUACCUUCGACCGCCGCGGCGCCGGGGUGCAUCGAGGCCAGGCGCCGUCACCGGGGACGCUCACAUGGAUCACACGUCAACUGCCCAUCCUCCGCAGCCUGCAAGAACACGCCGUCUCGCGACUGUCGAGGAUCCGACUCGGUUGGAUCGCUCAGCACCAGGCCGACUCGCCUUGAGCCCAGUAUCCGGCAGGCCCUGAAAAGGCUUUAUGACCAGUGGAAGGGACCAGAAAAGACUCUCUCCGCUUCAGAUCUUGCCCUCUUUGUAAAAGAAGAGCAAAAGCAAAACUCCGCGGCAUGUCUGAACCAAAUAUCCGCUGGGGGCACGUACACCUUUCCCGAGUUCUGCGACUUCUGGUAUGAACACGCCAGCCGCUCGAAACGACCACUCGAGCUGGACAAGGUGGACUUCAGUAAACCCAUAUCCAACUACUACAUCAACAGCAGCCACAACACUUACAUCGGAGAGGGCGAUCAGGUGAGCGGAGUCAUCUCGACGGAGCAGUAUCGAAAGGUCAUCAGAGGAGGAUGCAGGUGUGUCGAGAUUGAUGUCUGGAACUCGCCACGCUGCAACGACCCUCCUCGCAGCCCCCGAUCUCGGCCAGCGCAAGGACACUGGUCAUUGGACACGUUCCUCUCGUGGAUGAAGAACCGAGUGGAACACGGAGGAAGUGCCGCCAAGAGAGAGCCCUCGCGGAAACCGCUUGCACGAUCUUGGGCACUUUCCAACAGGGACUGGGACGAGAAGCUCGAACUCGAACCACGUGUCUGCCACUGCCUCCCGACCAUCGCAGGUGAUCUCAGCGCUCGCACUGGGUUGGCGUUCAGGCUCGUGUGUAGAGCGGUCAAGGAUGUGGCGUUCGAACAAACCGACCUUCCACUCAUCAUCAGCCUCGAAGACCACACCACCGGCGACCAACACAAAGAGAUGGUUAAAAUCAUGAGAGAAGAAUGGGCCGGCCUGCUACUUGAGAGCGCAUUACCGGGCUGCGACCCAGAGACACACCAACCAAGUGUGGUGGAUCUCAAGAGGAAGAUACUCAUCAAGGGGAAGCGGAAGAGUCAGCAAACUGGCCCCUCCAAGCUAUCCAAUCCUGGUCCCUCCCAGAGAGUAAUGCCUAGCGAAAUGAGCGCGAAGGAAUACUACGGCUCAGUCCCGGAAGAAAAGCAUAUCCGAGUCAACGAAGAAAAGAUGGACUACGCACUGAAUAAGUUGGCCAUAUAUACCUACAGCGCCGGACCCUUCAAGUCUCUGAACUCGAAAGACUCCCAGAAGCCGGCCCACAUUUUCAGCUUCAGCGAGGAAAAGCUGAAGGGUCUCCACAGAACCAAACACAAGGAUGUGUUCCAGCACAACAAGAAUUACCUGGCACGGACAUUCCCUGCCAGCCUUCGCUCCGCUAAUCCCAACCUCCCAACACUGUGCUGGCGUAAGGGUGUUCAAAUGGUUUCACUGAACUGGCAGCACUGGGACACGGCAAUGUAUCUGAACGACGCCAUGUUUGAUGAUACCCACGGAUGGGUCCUCAAGCCAGAAGGAUACCAGUCCGGGUCAACGGCUACUUGCCAAGCGCACGUCACAGGGAAGAAAAAGCUUAGUCUGCGUAUCACGAUCAUGGGAGGGCAGAACAUCCCGAUGCCGCGAGCCAUAGCUGGCGAGGAUCAUGUCAUGAAGACGAGCCCAAGCGUCUCAUCCACGACGGUAAAUGGUGAUCCGGACAUGAGGGAGGGUCCAGCCACGUCCGAGGUGCAUGAUACGGAUUUUCGGCCCAGAGUCAAGUGUUACUUACACGUGGAAAGCCAAGGGGAGAGAAGCCCCAUCAUGAAACUGGGCGAAGACGAGAUUUGCAGGGAAACAAAGCCAGCAGAAACCCAGCAUCCAGUCUGGCCGGAGAAUGAGUCAACGCUACAGUUCCCGGAAGUGAGUCAUGUUGUGGAGCAGUUGAGCUUUUUAAGAUUCAGGGUUGAGGAUACCGGCCUCAUCAGAAUCAGAGACCAGUGCACCUCAUGGGCCUGCAUACGACUCGACAGGUUAGAAGAGGGGUACAGGCUUAUCGAACUGAAGGAUCUUGGAGGUUGCCCGACAGAAGGAAAGCUACUCGUAAAGGUCGAGAAAACGGUGAUAGACGAGCCGGGAAGGCAGCUAUCGCUGAGGGCCAAGACAUGGAACGCGUGCAAGAAGGGCAGUGAGGAGGUGACGCGUUUGGGGUCUCGAUGGUCAUGCUUUGGUCAAGGAGCAAUGUGAUAGAGGCUGACAGGUUGGAUAUAUGGUCGAAUCCCCAUUUUGGCGAUACUGGAUAAAUUUCCCUGUCAUCCAGUGGAUGAGACAGAGGGUGUGCAUGGCCUGCACGCGUGUCAAUUUCGGACGGUCUAUUUCUAUCGCGGGCUAUGUGCAUGUCGAAGCCUCGGCGAGAACUACCAAGCCGAUGGCAACCAAGCAAUACUACUAUAUACAUCGAAAA